AAGAUUCUGGCUGAAAACAGUUUUAUUACCAGUAAUAAAAGGGUUUAGCGAGCUCCGAGCUUCAUCUCCAGUAUCCCAUUUGUGAAGAUAAGGUUCUAUAUUGUCCUCGAGGUCUUUUAGGCGGUACCUAAUAACGGGAGGAUAGCCUGGUGCCUGCCCACCCUGGCGUCCUUUCUUACUUAUCGAUGUCAUUAUCUGGAGCCCUAAUCUUCCUUAGUGAUGAGGCUGUAGAUUUAGAAGACUGGAAAAGAGCGAGACUUGAAAACUCCGGGAAAGAUCCUUCCGAAUACGGAGUCGUCUUAGAGCCAAAUCAAUACCAAAAGAAACCAAGACCAUUGAGUUGGCGAUGGAUCCGUGAGUGGUGCAUAGCCUGGUGGCACAGUGGCAGGGAAGACCUGGAUGGUGAUGCUGAACUAGAGGACACACCCUCAGAUAUGGGAUAUGCCACUCCUGUAUCAGUUGAGACACCUUUGCAGUCAUCUGUAUCUAGGUGCACUUCUCUUAAUGUUAUAAGAGAUCCUUACUCUUCAGUUGGAGCACCAACAACACCAAAGAUGCCCCACCAUGUACAUUACGACUCAAGAAGUUUACCACCUCAGACAAAACUUCACUCUCGAUCACUGUCUACAGAUUCGGUGUAUACAAUCUUAAUCCGAUUACCUGCAGACAAUAGUUGUGAUGGUGUUGGAGAGCAGCAACCAUCGAUAAAGAUGAUUGCUGAAGACACUACACCAGUCAGAGGAAGACCAGUGGAUUACAAUGCACUCUCUCUCCAUCCUGCCGGAGGUUACCACCACCAGGCUGUUGGGAGACGACCAUCUCAUAUCUCAGACAUAAGGAUCCCUCUCAAUACUAAAAUUAUUCCUAAACAACUAGCUCCUGGAGCAAGGCAGCAUAUACCACCUAAAAAGAAAAAGAAAACUCAAGAGAAAAAAGCAGAUAAAAAAGCUGCAAAGACAUUAUCUGCUAUUCUAUUGACGUUUAUUAUUACCUGGACGCCAUACAAUAUCCUUGUACUUCUCAAGCCACUGACAGCAUGUACAGACUGUAUACCGAAAGGUCUCUGGGACUUCUUUUAUUACUUGUGCUAUAUAAACAGCACCAUCAACCCUGUCUGUUAUGCUCUUUGUAAUGCCUCCUUUAGACGAACGUAUGUGAGAAUUCUUACCUGCAAGUGGCACAAUAGAAACAGAACAGCAAUGAACAGGGGAUAUUAUAACUGAACAUAUUUUGAAUCUAUUUCCAUUAUGACUUUUGAUUCAUCAUUACAAAACUAUAUUAUAUAUAUAUUUUAUAAUAAUUUGAUAAUAUGCAGUAUUUUUGCAAGUUGUAUUUUCUAUGUCGGGUAGAAUUAGAUUGAUUGAUUUUGUGAAAAAAAAAAUAUUUUAUAAUACAUGCCUAGAUACCAUAACAAUUACUGAAAGCAGUGGUUAUGUAUUUGUUAUGGUUUGGUGCAGAAGAAAUGGACAUAAUUUGAAGAGAGAAAAAAAAGGACUUUUUUCAAUUAUUUUAAUAUGUUAAUCAAUUCAGAAAGAGAAUUUGAAAAUUGUAUUAUCUCCAUCUGAAAUACUGGGUAUGAAAGAUAGCUGGUUGAUCUUGAAGUUCAAUUCAGUUGAAUUUGUAAUUAUAUGAAAAGAUUAAGUGUGGCCUAAUAAUUGACGGUUAAGUUGGUUAUAGAAUUGUUUUUAGAAGUUUUAGGCAGUAUCACUUUAUUGAUUUCAUUUAAAGAUCUCAUAAAUCUAUAGAUGAAAAGAUGUGUCACAACUCUUUCUGCUUUGUACAUAUAAUGAAAAGGCAAAUGGUAAAAUCUGCGAUAAGAAUUAGAAUCAUUUUUGAAUAUUAUAUUUUGAAAAUUUAACUCUCACACAAUUGGUAUUUUCUGUUAAGAAAUAAGGUUUAUGUUUCUUCAUUCAAAACCCUCAACAAAUCAUUUACUCAUUUACAAUGCUAUUGUUGCUCCAAUAAUAAUGUAAUAUCAACCGAAAUUAUAUUCAAUAAUAAAACUUCCAUAUAAAAUAUGGAUUGCUGUAAAAUGAUUGUUGGAUCUGUUUUACUCUUGUGGAUAACUUGUAUGGAGUGCAACGAUAAUAUUCAGAUAUUUAUACUUUAUUUGUGUGUUAAUGUUUGUAGAUGAUUUCGCUCAAUUUAUAAGAUAAAAUAUCAUAUGCAUCAAGUUAAUCUAAGAUUUUAGAUUUUUUUUUUUUAACGUAUCUAGACGUGCUUUUAUAGAAUUUUUAAAUAGUUUGUGUAAUUAUUAUUUUUUUUUUUUUAUGGACAUUUUUUUGUCUUACAAGGGCCAGGUCCCAUUCUAAGAAAUAUUAAGGAAAUUAAUAGAAACUAAAACAAACAAAAAGCCACCAUUAAAUAAUUUUUAAGU